UGAAUGCCGGCGGAUAUAGUUAGACUCGGAUUCACCAGUCAGAGUAGCCUAUAUAAACUCCUCAGAAUAACUAGUUAAUCAUUCUGAUCAAGACUGGGUGAACUGAAGAGAAGCAGACAUGAACACAAGGUGGAUUAUACUCUUCCUCUCCCUCAUUUAUCUGCUGCUUCUGAAUAAUCAAGCAGAGGCCUUCGGCGGGCCGAAACUAGUGGCUAAACGGCGUUUUUCCCUUGAAAGAGUCGUCCAGGUAUUUGGCUGUUACUGAGGUCAGAGAGUUUGACUGUUGUGAAAGUUUGUGAAAGCAAAGUUGUCAUUUUUUCUCUUGCAGCACCAAGAUCCAGGACAGGAAACUACGAAGCCACUGGAUUAUGAAGGGUCCAUUCCCGUCGAAAGAGAAGUUCGUCAAAAAGAGGUCAGUUGGUGUUUUAAUUAUGAUGACAUUUGAAAACCAUGAGAGAGCUUACUUAGCAGUAAACGGGAAGCAUUCUGCUAUUUAAAUCAAGUAAAAUAUAUAAUUUGAAUUGUAUUGUGCUAAGGAAAACAUUUCAAAAGUGAGAUUUAUUCGUCUUGGAAUCUGCAAACCGUCAGUGUAUGAUUCAAUGUGAUCAAAAAUUUAAUUGCAGAGCGGGGAAACAACUUGAUCCAUCAUAAGUUUUAUUUCUGGUGAUCAGUUGAUUUUUCACUGACGAACUAUAACUAUUUUUAUCUCUUUGAUAGAAAGACGACCCGAAUCUGGAGGCUAACGAGUGGAUGUACUGAGAUGGAACGCCUACUGGCUUGGCUUGUGGAUAAACAGUU